AUGACAAACAAUCUCGACAAACACUCACAGUGGGGCAUCGACUUCCUAGAGCGCUAUGCAAAGUUCGUCAAGGAGCGUCUGGAGAUUGAGCAGGCCUAUGCAAAGCAGCUACGGAGUCUGGUUAAGAAAUAUUGCCCUAAGCGCUCCAAAGAUGAUGAGCCCAGGUUCACAUCCUGUCUGUCAUUCUACUCCAUACUGAAUGAGCUGAAUGACUACGCAGGUCAGCGAGAGGUCGUUGCUGAGGAGAUGGGGCACAAAGUGUAUGGGGAGCUGAUGAGGUACUCACAGGACCUGAAGGGAGAGAGAAAACUUCAUCUCCAGGAGGGACGGAAGACCCAACAGUAUCUAGACCAGUGCUGGAAACACAUGGACAAUAGUAAAAAGAAAUUUGAACGGGAAUGCAAAGAGGCCGAGAAAUCACAGCUCAUCUACGAAAGGCUAGACAGUGAUAUCAACGCCACAAAGUCAGAGGUGGAAAAGGCAAAGUCCCAGCUGUAUUUGAGACAACACAUGGUGGAGGAGAGCAAGAAUGAGUAUGCAGCCCAGUUGCAAAACUUCAACUCUGAACAGUGGAAACAUUUCAACGUGGCCAUCCCUCAGAUAUUCAAGAAUCUGCAAGACAUGGAUGAACGGCGGACGGUCAAGCUUGGGGAGAUGUACCGGAGUUUUGCUGAGGUGGAACGAAGAGUCAUUCCCAUCAUCUCAAAAUGCUUGGAGGGCAUGGUUACUGCCGCUAAAAAUGUGGACGAGCGUAGGGAUUCUGGGGUUGUAGUGGAGUCAUUCAAGUCAGGGUUUGAACCCCCGGGUGAUUUCCCCUUUGAGGACUUCAGUCAGAACAUCCAGCGAACAGGAUCAGAUGGCACCAUUGGGACCCCCAAAACGGAAGGAGGCAAACCGGACCCUAAACACGCUGUUGGCAGGACCAAAAACAAACUCUGGCUUUUUGGGAAGAAACCGAAGGCACCAACACUAGAGGACCUCAGCCACCUUCCUCCUGAACAGAGACGCAAAAAACUUCAACAGAGGAUCGAUGAGCUGAAUAAAGAACUACAGAAAGAAAUGGACCAAAGAGAUGCUCUUAACAAAAUGAAGGAUGUUUAUGAGAAGAAUCCUCAGAUGGGAGAUCCUGGAAGUCUCCAGCCCAAGAUUUCAGAGACCAUAUGCAACAUGGAGAAACUCCGCUCCGAGAUCCAUAAAAAUGAGAGUUGGCUAGCAGAGGUUGAAGGAAAGCACGGAUCCCGUAGUGAGCGACGUCCCAGUGCAGAUGUGAACCAUCAUGCACCCCACGGCAGAGAGAGGUCUGCACUUCCUGAUUACGUUUAUCUACAUUCUCAAGAUAGACAGACUAAUAAUAUGUCUAUGUAUACAGCCGUCUCUUUUAUGAGUGCCUGAACU